CACGAAUCACGCUCCACGCUCUACGCUGCACCAGCCAGCAACCUGACCUCGAAUCGGCGACCAUAUACGCAACCACAUCACACACAUUUCCACGACAACAUGCGCCCUUCACAGAUUCUGCGCGCAGGCGGAGGCGAGAAGAAGCCGGGCCAGUAUCUGGGUCCAUGGGGUGCGCUCGGCUCCAUGCCACAGAAAGGCAUUGUACACUACGGCAUCUCGAAUAACCGAACCAACCCGCUCGCCGGCACCUUCAAAGCAGCCAUCUUCAAUACCUUCCGACGAACCCGUGGCCAGAUUCUGUACUGGGGCGUGCCAAUGGUUAUCUUCUACGAGAUCAUGCAGUGGGGAAUCGAGAGGAAUGAAUACCUGAACUCCAAGGCUGGACGUGCAGAGUUUGGUGAUGAAGAAUAAGGAGCUCGACGUGUACCACAAGAGAUAUCAAGGCAGACAUAGAGAGGAGUGUUGUACAUAUACCAUGCUCACGAGUGAAGCGUAUCACUUUAUUCGCGCGACCCAGCCUUCGUUUUGAGGAUAGUCUCAGCGUAUGACCAGUGGUCCACGGAGACUCCAGGUAUUCGAUAUGAUUUAUGCUGAUACUAGCCCUCACAAACAGUGUUCGGCAUAUCCAAAUCCCUUUGUAAAUCACAUUAGACUUAUCGUGUUUGGGACCAAGUAGAAGGAACAUACAUGAAUCUAUGAUUUGGGUUCGAC